AUGGACAAGAACGGCACCUUACACAUCUCCCAGACCUGGUCCGGGGACAUCGGGACCUACACCUGCCGCAUCCUGUCUGUAGGGGGCAACGACUCGAAGAGCGCUUACCUGCGGGUCAGGCAACUCCCUCAUUCUCCCGAGAACCCCAUCGCCUUGCUGAGCACCACAGAGCCGAGAUCCAUCAACCUUUCCUGGGCCAGACCCUUCGAUGGGAACAGCCCGCUGAUCCGCUACAUCCUGGAGGUCUCUGAGAACAGUGUCCCGUGGACCGUUCUCUUUGCAAAUAUGGACCCGGACUACUCCUCCCUCGUGGUGAAGAACCUCACCCCGGCUCGCUCCUAUCAGUUCCGCCUCUGCGCUGUGAAUGAUGUUGGCAAAGGGCAGUUCAGCAAAGAAACAGAGAGGCUGACCCUUCCAGAGGAACCUCCUAGUGCC